AUGGGCCGCAACAUGGCGCUGCUCCUAUCUCUGGCGGUGCUGGCGGCCGCGCUGCCAUCGGCGUAUCCCGCUGCAACCCCCGGCACAGCGUUCGACAACUGGUUAACGGCGACCCAGACAGACUACAAUGUGAACCAGGCGCUGUACGCGAAGAAGGCGGCGGGCGACAAUGGCACCACCAUCGACGAGUCCCUGGCCAAGGCGGAGGACAACAAGACCACCUACGUUGUGGACCCCAAGGGCAGCGGCGACUACAAGACCAUCAACGCCGCGCUGGAGGCCAUCCCGGAGGGCAACACCGGUCGCGUCAUCCUGGACCUCAAGCCCGGCGAGUACCGCGAGAAGAUCUUCCUGAACCUCAGCAAGCCGUAUGUGACCUUCAAGUCUGACCCGCUCAACCCGGCCAUCAUCGCCUGGAGCGACACCGCCGCCACCGUGGGCAAGGACGGGAAGCCGGUGGGCACCGUGGGCAGCACCACCGUGGCGAUCGAGUCCGACUACUUCGUGGCCUACGGCGUGGUGUUCAAGAACGACGCGCCUCUGGCGAAGCCGGGGGCCAAGGGCGGGCAGGCGGUGGCGCUGAGGGUGUUCGGCACCAAGGCGGCCUUCUACAACUGCACGAUCGACGGCGGGCAGGACACUCUGUACGACCACAAGGGGCUGCACUACUUCAAGGACUGCGUGAUCAGGGGCAGCGUGGACUUCAUCUUCGGGUUCGGGAGGUCCUUCUACGAGGGCUGCAAGAUCAUCUCCAUCGUGAAGGAGGUGGCCGUGCUGACGGCGCAGCAGCGGACCAAGACCAUCGAGGGCGCCAUCGAGAGCGGCUUCUCCUUCAAGAACUGCAGCAUCAAGGGCGAGAGCGGGGGCCAGAUCUACCUGGGCAGGGCGUGGGGGGACUCGUCGCGCGUCGUCUACGCGUUCACCGAGAUGAGCAAGGAGGUCGUGCCGGUCGGGUGGGACGGAUGGAGCAUCAAGGCGCCCGAGAGUAGCGGGAUCUACUACGGCGAGUACAAGUGCAGCGGGCCGGGGUCGGACGCGAAGAAGAGGGUCGGCUGGGCGCAGGAUCUCACCGAGGCCCAGGUCAAACCCUUCAUCGGCACACACUACGUCUUCGGCGACUCAUGGAUCCUGCCACCGCCAACCGGCAAGUCUGCUCCGUCGACAAAAAAAGCAGGUGGCGCCAAAUCCUCUGCCGCCUCCCCCGCCGAAUCCCCAGCCUCGUCGCCCAAGUCGGCCGCCACGGAAUCGCCAGCCUCGUCGCCCAAAUCGGCCGCCAAGGACUCGUCAGCCUCGUCGCCCAAGUCCUCCGCCUCGUACUCGAAAGCCUCAUCGACAAAGGCUACAUCUGAGAAGAAGGCACUAUGA